UUGCAUCUUCCAACACUGCUAUAUCAAAGUAUGCAAAUUAUACAAAUGCAAAAACUGUUGAGACUCUUGCGGCCAAACAAAAGGAGAUAAAAAAGACCGUAAAAAAUUUAACCAGUUCAUAUGAGAAGACUAUUAAGAAUCUAAGUGAUAAUCAUAAAGAAGUCAUCAAGAAUUUAAACGAUAACCAAACAAAGGUGGUGACGAGUUUGAGUGGAAAUCAUGCCGAUGUUGUAAAAACUAUAAAUAAUAAUGAGGUUGCAGAGUCAGGAUGA